AUGGGUGUUGUGGAUGAAGGUGCAGAGCCCGCUCAAGUCCUCGGCCGGCCCCUCCUCCCCGUCCCGGCGCCGCUCCGGCUCCCUCCGGCCCUAUUUUCUCGCGCAUGUUAUUCGCUCGGCGCCGACCGCGACAACGACGACGACGACGACGACGUAACGUCCACGCCCGCCACUCCGAGACCGGCAUAUCCUCCAGCCUGCGUCGCCGAACACCGCAUGGACUCCACAAACCCUCUCCCUGCGCCCCCAGUCUCCGUCCUGGCGGGCUCGGCCAGCUUUCAGAGCCACCUCUCGUCGCUCAACACCCAGCAGCGCCUCAGGCCCGCCGCCCACCACAGCGCGCACGCCCUCGGCGACGCUGCCGCCAAGGAUCUCUGGCUCGGGCCCGCGGACGCACUGCAGCCGCGCAGCUGUGCACUCGUGCUGGCCACCUUUCUGCGCGAACAUCUCUCGCUGGCUGCGCUCGGCUCUGAGGUCCCUACCGCGCGCCAUCACGCCUUCUCCCGCUCGGCGAGGUGGCUGUUCUACGUCUACUGCUUUGUCUCUGCCGUCUUUUUCUCGACUGUGGUCUGCGGCCGCGGUUUCUCUUCGGGCGACGCGCGCGGGGGCGGCGAGCCGAGCAGACGCCCUCCGUCUAUUUCUGUCCCCCGCGUCCCUGUUCCUGCCGACGGCCCGCGGACCUCUGAGCUGGACGCGCUCCCCGUCGACACGCGGCUCGCUAAGCUCUUCGCGCUGCACUUGCCGCCCAAAGCCUUCGAACCCGCCGUCUUGUACCCCUCGGUCGACCCCGCCUCCGUCGCAGCCGCUCUCUGGUCCCGCGACGACGACGCCGAACUGGACGCGCUCGCCGCGUGGGCGGAGGCAUGGCAAGGCACGUCUUCCCGUCCGAUCUCCCUGUUGGUGGUCGCCCAGAACUGCCCGGACGCGCUCCGUCGGCGGGUAGCGACGCUCCUCGACGACAACAAGCUGCUGAACGACACCCUGACGCUGCACGUCCUGCACGUGGACCGCGCGGCCGAAGACACGCCGAACGUGUUCCUGAACAUCGCCCGCCUGUUCUCUCCGACCGCGACCGUCCUCCUCUUCCCCGCCAGCCUCUCCGUCGCUCCUCCCUCGUCAGCGUCAGCGCUCCUCGCAGGCUCAGGCUUAACAUUUCGACCGGCACCGCACGCCCCGUUUUCCGACAAACCCGCGCUCCUGGGCAGUGCCGCGCCGGGCUCACCCGCGCCCGCGCCAGCGUACCCCUUCGCGGCGCUCACGCCCGUGCUCGUCGCGCGCGCGCACGCGUUCUGGUGCACGGAGCGCCUCUUCCUCGGGCCGUCGCGCGCGUCCGACUGGGACGAGUGCCUCUGGCAGCUAUGGCUCGACGCGCUCGGCGACGUCGCCGUGCUCGCCGCGCCCGCCUGGCGCGCACCGCCCGAGCCCCCCGCCGCUGUUGCUGCGGCACCGCACCCGAUCACGGCGGCGAUGAAGCGCCGGCUGCGCGGGCGGUAUAGGAGCGAGAGCUGCGUGCUGGCGGCGAAGCGGAUCGAGGCGCUGGGCGCUGGCGCGGGUGCGGGCGCCGGCGGUGGGGCAGAUGGCAAGCGGCUGGGGUGGUUGCGGCGCGUGUGUCGCGAAUGGCACGGCGGAUCGCUGCAGUGA